UGACUUUGUUGCAGACUGUAAACUUUUAGCAGAAUUUGGAUUUGAGACUAUUUUAACAAAAUUUGCAGUGAAAACGAAGUAGCUGAUAUGAUGAAUCAUGAGUCUCGUUGGUAUUUCUCCACGGAAGAAAUGAGUCAUUCACCGAACAUGAAGCUGCUUCAACAUCCGAUUAAAGAGCUUCUUUUCAGACAAAGCGCUGCCACUUUCAUUCAACAUAUCGGACAAAAGCUGAACCUCUCACAACUUUGUAUUUGCACAGCUACGGUAUAUAUUCACCGAUUUUAUAUGUUUUUUUCUUUGGAAGAUGUUGAUACAAAUAAACUUUCAAUGGUGUCUUUAUUCUUGGCAGGUAAGACACAAAAUGAAUUUCGAAAGCUUGAACAUAUUAUAAAAGUGGCCCACGCUCACAUGAAUCCACUUUUCCCUGUUAUAGAUGUGCAAUCUGAGGACUAUUUGUUGCUAAAGGAUGAGUUGAUUUUUCUCGAAACAAUUCUGCUUCAGGUUUUAGGUUUUGAAGUAGAAAUAGAACUUCCUCAUCCAUAUAUAGUAAAAAUAUGUCAACUAAUAAAAGGAAGUAAAGAACUGGCCAUACGGUCUUAUAUUUUGGCAACAGCCAGUAUUAUGGCAAGUACAUUGUGUUUGCAAUAUAAUCCAAAGAUUGUGGCUUGUGUGUGUAUCAACUUGGGUGCAAGAUGGUCUCGGGUGGAGAUCGAUUCAGGAUCUGAAAAACAUCCUUGGUUUUACUACGUUGAUUCAACUUUAAAUGCAGAAUUUUUAAAUGAAUUAACAGAUGAACUUGGAAAAACAAUAUUAAAAAAUUUAAUAUCAAUGAAUUCUCCUGUUCUUACUUUAACAGAGAUGCCUUCGAUUCCUGAAGAGGUGAUUGUGCCAGGUGUAUCAAAUGUUAAAGAAAUCGUGGUGAAAAUCCCAAGAGAUUUUGUAAUUGUAAAAUAAAAUUCACUCUUCUUUUAUUUAUUAUUGUUAUUUUCCUCUAGAAGAAGCAAUGAUUUCUGAUGUAUAAAAUGUUAAAAAGUUGCGUUAAGGGACCCAAAAGGUGUUUUAAAAUGAAGUUCCUUCCUUCUAAAUGAAGUUCCUUGUUCUAAAAUGAGGUUCACAUUUUAUUACUUUCUUCUUGAAGAAGUAGUUGUGCC